AUCAUUUGUUUACCGGAUGACGGUGUGGAUAUUAAGGCAAAAGUAUUUUAUAAACUGCCACGAUAUCUAAAUACGUGAUGGGCUACGAGACUUGGGAGAGUAGGGAAAAGCACCGUUGCUGUGGAGCGCCAUGGUUACACGUGACGCAGGGGCUUGGCCACGUGCGUGAUGACGUCACGAGUACGUGUGUUUCGGAGCGUGGGCCAGGGAGGCAAGAGGCUGCGGAAUCGGCGGAUUCGGAGUAGAGGCGGAAGGUGGACCUGCCUGUGGUUGGUGCAGAAGCCGAGCAAAAUGGCCACGGCGCUCUGCACCAAGGCCAGGCUAGUGACCUACCUGCCAGGGGUUCAUGCAUUGGUUAGAAGGAUUGCAACAAUUAGAACAUUUUCCACAGCAGGCUCUUCAGGCUCUGAUGAGUCCUAUGUUGCAGUUAUGCCACCUGAACAAAGUUUACAGACUAUAUGGCCUGAUGAAAAGAUGGGACCCUUUGGACCUCAGGACCAGCGGUUUCAGCUGCCGGGUAACAUAGGGUUUGAUUCCCAUAUUAAUGGUAUUGCUAACCAGAAGAGAAUCUCAACACACAGAACAAUUCCAGAUGUGCUAACUGAGCCGUUAACCACUGAGAAACACGAGUUCAUUCUUGCACAAUUUGUCAACGAAUUUCAGGGAAACGAAGCUGAACCUCAACCACAGGAAGUCACUACCGCAGAAAAUUACUUUGAGAAUGCAAAGGUGGAAUGUGCAAUACAAACCUGCCCAGAACUUCUACGAAAAGAUUUUCAGUCUAUGUUUCCUGAAGCUCCAGUUGCUGGAUUCACUGUACUUACUGUAACCCAAAGGAGUAUUAAUGAUAUGACUAUAUGGAAUGAAGCAGUCGAGGAGGAACGAGAACAGCUACUAGAGAAAGCAGGCAAGAAGAGACAAAACUGGCACUUGAAAAGUGCUGCUGGGAGGAAAAACUGACGGAGUCUAUUGAGAUAAUUAGCCCUCAGAAGGUUCUGAUGGAAGGUCAUCGAUCUUAAAACAUUAACUCUUGUUUCUCUCUGCAGAUACUGUCUGAUGUGAGCAUUUUCUGUCUUUGAUUUUUAGAUUUCCAUCACCUGUAGUAUUUUUGCUUUUGUUUAAGGAUGGUGAGAUAUUUUGCCAAGCAGUGUUUUCUUGCUCCCGCCAGUAGAUGGCACCCUUGCUUCAGCAAUACUUUCAACUGCUCUGAGAUCAGCUUUUUUUUUACAAAGAAGUUAUGGCUCUUAACCACAAAAAAGAAAGUUUCUUUACAAUUUUUAAACUAAAUUGUAUCAAACUGUAUCAAACAUUAUGCUGAACUCUGCAGAGUAUACGCAAUGUAUCCAACUUCAUUUUGCAGUUGGUGACCAGUAACUGGAGCCAGAGACACUAUCAUGUACUUCAAAUUCAUUCCUAUGUGGGGAAAAUGAGAGAAGAGAUUUUAAUUGUAUGUAAUUUUGAUAUUUACAUUAAAAUAGCUUUAUUCAGUCAGUUCAAUUAAUGUUUUUGGCAAUAUAACGUUAAUCUAAAAAGCUUCAAGACAGAGAAGAUAUUACUUAAUAGGAUGCAGUUAUCUCCAGACUUUAAUCUAAUAUCCCUCUUUCACCUAUUUAAAGUGACUCUCUGAGGAGAUAAUGUUGUGCUGUAUCAUUGCGCAGUGCCUGAGGAAUGAUUAAUUUUCCCCCUGUGUAUUCUAUUCCCUCGGGUUGAGAACAUGUAAUUAAAGCUAUUUCUGUACUGAUGCCUCUAAUGAAACAACUGAUCCAAAGCCAUGUGAGAUGCAACUGCUUUCUGGAAUCAGCUGAAGUGUUGGCACCACAUUUGUAGGAUUUCACUUAGGCAAGUUAACAUUUGUACCGAGCGUGAAGACAGUGGGGAAAGGAAAAUGGCAUCAGAGCCCAUCAAACAUGUUCCUUUCGGUGGGCUAUGUGCCACUUUAUGCCCCUCUAAACACUUUAUAGCCCAUUAAGAAUGUGAGAUUAUUAUCCCCUCAGCAAAUUCAAGAGCCUUUCUACCUUGUGGUGAGCAUUCUUUAUGCAAAAUGUCCCUGCUCUCUCUUUCAUAACUGAUUCAAAAAGCAGCACCUGUAAAUAGGUGAUGAACAUUCUGAAUUAGUUUGCCAGAUUUGAAUUAAGCAGUGACUUGUUUUACGACCUGGAUCUGAUUAGAAUUAUCAAGCAGUAGAUGUAAAUCCUGACAAUAAAUGCAAUGUUACAAUGAGGAACAGGCUGGCUAUCUAAUAUAACCUGCACCUUUUAUGUUAACCUAAUAAUCAGCAAAAAGAAAAUGACAAGUAUUAGCAGUGAUGUUUUAAUUCCCAAUUCUAUAUGUAUCUUUUAUUAAAAGUAUGUGAAAUUUA